CGCCCCAGCACCCUCGGUGGGUGGUGGGUGGUGAUGGCCGGGAGCCCCCAGGGCAGUGAGCGGACGGCAGCGCCCACCUGGGCCUCAGGCAGCAGAGAGCUCGCCGUCCCUCCGGCCCCGCUGGUCCCGAGCCCCCGCAGGUUGGGCCAGGGUGACCUCCCACAGGCCCUGUCCUUCCCCCCACCCCCGCCUCACUCCCACCUGAGCCCCCACGGCUAGCCAGGACCCCAGGGAGGGCCCAAGCGGCUCAGGCCCGGCUGCGUGGCCACGUGGUGGACACGCUUCCCGGAGCAGGUGGGCAUGACGGUUGCCCAGGCGGACCGGCCUCAGUGGGGGAGGGGUGGAGGCGGGAGCUGCUGGGCCGGCAGGGGGCAACCCUGGGUGCCGGGGAGCCCAGGGAGAGGCCACCUGGUGGCUGCAGGUGUGGCCGCCUCUGCACAGGGGAGCAGGCCGGCUCCCGGGCUGGGAGGGGACGGCCGCGGCCCAGGCACGGCGGCGAGGCCAGGAGGCCAGUCCUGCUGCACCGGCCAUGGGAUCCCGGGCCAGGCCCACCCGGGGCCCCAGUACGUGGGCCUCUAGGACUUCCAGGCCCGCACGGACGAGGAGCUGAGUUUCCGGGCGGGGGACCUGCUCCGCGUGGAAGGAGGAGGACUGUGGGGGGCCGUGCUGCUGGAUGCGGCCGGUGGGGCCCUGGGCCAGGGCUACGUGCCCCACAGCUACCUGGCCGAGAAGGAGACGGUAGAGUCUGAGCUGUGGUGGCUCGGCCGCAUCUCGUGCUCCGAAGCGCCGCACCGGCUGCAGGCCGAGGACACCCUGGGCACCUCCCUGGCCGGGGCGAGUGAAAAGCCGGGCGCCAACUACGUCCUCUCGGUGCGGGACAGGCGGGCCGUGCCCACGUCCUCCCGCAGGCUGCCCGAGCUCCUGGAGCAUCACCAGACCAGGAGUCUGUCCCACGGCCCGCGGCUGACCGUGCCCUGCCGGAAGCUCGAGCCCAAGCCCCUGCCCCGUGAAGGCUGGGAGAGGCCGCGGGGGGAGUUCACGCUCUGCAGGAAGCUGGGGUCCGGCUACCCCAGGGAGGUCUUCGAGGGGCUCUGGAAAGACCAGGUCCGCGUGGCUAUCAAGGUGAUUGCUCGAGGUGACCUCCUACACCAGCACACGUUCCAGGCGGAGGUCCAGGCCACGAAGAAGCUCCGACACAAGCACGUCCUGGCCCCGUACGCCGUGGCAUCCGUGGGGGACCCCGUGUACGUCGUCACGGAGCUCAUGCCCAAGGGGAGCCUUCUGGAGCUGCUACGCCCACGAGGAAGCCCUGCCCUCUCGGAGCUGGUGGGCCUCGCGUCACAGGUGGCCGAGGGCACGUUGCUGCAGUCGCAGCACUACACCCACCGGGACCUGGGCCGGAGCACCCUCGUGGGGCCACACAUCUGCAAGCCGGGGACUUCGGGCGCCAGGCUCACCAAGGAGGACGUCUGCCUCCCCUAGGACCGCAACAUCCCUCACAGGAGGACCGCCCCCGACGCCCUCUCCCCAGGGCUUUACUCCAUCAGAUCUGACAUGCGGUCCUUCGGGAUUCUCCUCCACGAGAUUUUGAGCAGGGCGCAGGUGCCCUAUCCGGGCAUGUCCAACCACGAGGCCUUCCUGAGGGUGGACUCGGGCUACCGCGUGCCCUGCCCCCCCGAGUGCCCACCCACCGCACACAAGCGGAUGCUCUCGUGCUGGCACAGGGACCCCGAGGAGAGGCCCUGCUUCAAAGCCCUGCGGGAGAGGCUCUCCAGUGUCACCAGGUACGAGGACCCGCUCUGAACGACCCCCUCCUGCCGCGGCCGUGGAGGCAGCUGGCCCAGGAUCCGGGGAGAGGGGCCGGGUGCCACCCUGGGCCUCAAACCAGGAGUACGGGCAGAGGAAGGUGCUAACACGCCCCUUGGGCCACGGGCCCGCCCUGUCCGGGUGCAGCGGAGGCGUGGCCCCUGCUGUCCUCCUGAGACUCCUGGACGGUGCCGCAGCCCUCUACAGCCAACGCCAACUCCAGAACCCUCCGGCGCCUGGUUACCCUCCCUUC